GAAGUUAAAAAUGAAGUACAACCCAAGAGUCACCAGCUCCCGCCGCAAGUGCCGGAAGGCGCACUUCUCCGCCCCAUCCAGCGUCCGCCGGGUGUUGAUGAGUGCGCCCCUUUCCACUGAACUCCGAUCUAAGUACAACGUCCGAUCAGUUCCCGUCAGGAAAGACGACGAGGUCCAGGUUGUUCGGGGAACCUACAAGGGCCGUGAAGGUAAGGUGGUUCAGGUGUACCGUCGCAAAUGGGUCAUCCAUGUGGAGAGGAUAACUCGUGAGAAAGUGAACGGCCAGACGGUGAAUGUUGGCAUCAAUCCUUCGAAGGUUGUCGUCACUAAGCUGAAGCUUGACAAGGACAGGAAGUCGCUGCUUGACCGGAAAGCCAAGGGCCGUGCCGCCGAUAAAUCGAAGGGAAAGUUCACGGUUGAUGAUGUUGCUGCCGGUGCCUCUCUCCAAGAGAUUGAUUAGAGUUUGCAUCUUUUCAAUUAUCUUAUCGAUUGCUCCUUCAAUUUUGUUGUCUUAUAAGGAUAAGAAUUUUUGAGAAUUACUGUUAUGGAUUUUAUGAAAUUGGCCGGUUUAAUGCUCUUAGACAUGCUUGAUUGCUUUAAUUUAGUAGGUUAAUUUGGUUUGAAGC